UAGCUAAUUCCAGCACAAAAUCGUGCCUCUUAUUGGCCGUCAAAGGUCAGCGUGGUGUCUGGUGGAGAAGGCAACUAGGCCAGAAGUUAGAUUUUUGGAUGUUUCAGCACAUUCAACUUUACAUCGUCGAUGAAUGGUUCAGCCUUUGCUCCUCCAGUUUCGAUGAGUACUUCAUCCUUAACGCCUCCAGUUUACAAACCCUCAGUUCUUUUAUUCUCACCAUCUACGACUACAACUUGUAAGAUCAUCGGCAAUCGCAAAACCAAAGCGACUGUCUCUGUUCAAUCUUCUUUUACUUCACAGCCCAUCACUUCUGACCCAUUUGUACUUGAACUUGCUGAAACCCUUGAGGACUCUAUCCCCUCGUCUUCUUCAGCUCCCCCACCACUCCAGAAGCUCAGAGAAGCAUCCUCUGAAUCAUUGCUCUCGACUGCUUGGCCUUCUCGCAAAGACGAGCCCUUUCGCUUCACCGACCUCUCAUUCAUCAGGUACUCAGAAAUCCGCCCUGUUUCUCACCCUCCAUAUCCAUCUCGCUUGUCCGGUGUUUCUGUGAAUUCUCAAUUUCCGUAUCUUGGAAUUGUUGAUGGCCACGUGGUAAAAUCAAUGUCCAAUUUGACCGGAUUGCCGGAAGGGCUUUAUGUUGGUAAUUUGUCGGAACUAACUUCGACGAGCAUAAUGGAUAGGAUCUCUGAAAUUGUUUGGGGGCUGAAUGGUGGGGACUUGUUCUGGUCUAUCAAUGGAAUAGGAACUCCUGAUGUGGCAGUAGUCUAUGUUCCGGAGGGUUGCCGAGUGGAAAAUCCGAUACAUUUAGCGUACUUUUCAAUUGAGGGCAGCAACGAAGGUUUGAAUGCAAUGCAUGUUUCAAAUCCAAGAGUGCUUGUAUUGGUGGAGAAGGGAGGAGAGAUUGAUAUAAUUGAGGAAUUUUCGGCAGAAAACGGGAAUCGAUGUUAUUGGGCAAAUUCUGCUUUGGAGAUGGUCAUUAGAGAAGGUGGAAAAGUUAGGCAUUCGUAUAUCCAGAGUCAAUCCUUGGGUGCAGCUCAUAUAAAAUGGACCUCAGUCCAGCAGGAAUCAUCUAGCACAUAUGAGUUGGUCGAGGUAAGCUCAGGAGGAAAGCUCGGUAGGCAUAAUCUUCAUAUCCAGCAGUUGGGCCCCAGUACGGUGACAGAAUUAUCAACAUUACACUUGUCUGUUGGCGAUCAAACCCAGGAUCUGCAUAGUAGCCUUGUCUUGGAUCAUCCACGAGGUUAUUCCCGUCAACUUCACAAGUGCAUCCUGGCUCAUUCACAGGGACAAGCAGUAUUUGAUGGGAAUGUAAAGGUUAACAGGUAUGCUCAGCAGACAGAUGCAGGGCAGUUAACAAGAAGCCUCCUUCUUGAACCUCGGGCAACUGUAAAUGUUAAACCAAAUCUCCAAAUUGUGGCCGAUGAUGUCAAAUGCUCUCAUGGAGCAGCCAUAAGUGACCUAGAAGAAAGCCAACUUUUUUAUUUUCAAGCUCGUGGCGUUGACAUAAAGACAGCUAGAAGAAUGCUAGUUUUUGCUUUUGGAGGGGAGAUCAUAAAUAAGUUGCCUUAUCCUUCUAUUAGAGAGAGUGCGCGAAGGCAGAUUAAGCAAUUAUUGGAUCCACCUCCUAAUUGAUCAUCAUGCUGGUGCAAAGAUGAAAGUGAGGAGAGGGGAGUUGUUAGCGCAAAUGUAAAUAAACAUGACUUGGAUGAAUCUGCUGAAGUACCAGCUCUAUCAAUAUCACAUUCCGAUCACUCUUGGUUUUACAGAGACUGUAUGGCCUUCAUUUUUAGAACCCCUAGCACUUUUCUUGUUAUUGUUAUUGUUAUUAUUUUUUUCUCUCAUAUUGGUUGGAUGCAGGAACUAACGUACGUUUCAUUCAGGAUAAAAAAUGUCAUGUCAUAGAGAGCUGAAGUAACGUUGCUUCAGUUUUAUCAUUACGCAUUAAAUUUGUGUAUGAAGCAUGGUAGAAGGAGAAUCAGGCAGUCCACAAAUUGUUGAUUUGCCUGCUUCUCCCUACUUUGCCCUCAGACCCUGUGAAAGGUGGAUGUGCAGAGAUUGUGUGUUUCAAGAGGAGCUUGCUUUGUUUUUC